GAUACCAGCACAGCUCCUACGGACGCCCUUGCUUGUAAUCCUUCUUCAAGACAAUUCUUCUUCCCUUGUCGCUUCUAAAGUCCUUGGUAUGGAGACCAACGUGGAUGCGCCAUGAUUUGUAAUCAUAAAAACGAAUGAAACGACGGGAGAGGGUGGUUGGGAAGCGACGCCGGCGCGAAUUGGUCUGGAUAUGGAUGGAAUUUUCUGCGACGUUAUACUUUGUUGUCAGAAUCUAUUGCUGCAACAGUGUUGUUAGUGGCGCGUUGAUGUUUGUUGACACAUGCAGUCGACAACUUCUUUGGUACUAGUUGGGAGGAACCGGAACGGGUGACGCAACUGGUGCAGACGCAGGACCACGGUCAUGAUGCGAUGCGGAGCCGGAGGACACAGGGCGGACGAAGUUGGUUAUCGUUUGAGCGCGACAGACAGGCUCCGUGUCGACGACAUAUAGAUAGCAGGCGGCGACGGUGGACCCCAGCCGUUGAUGACGUUUGGGGUGGCGAAGCAAUGCAGCAUGUUUCAUCGCGUUCCAGGCGGGGCCCUUAUCGUUGUUUAUUCGCUUCGGCGCAUGCGUGCGCCUGCCCCGACCAGCCGCUCGCGCUCGCGCCUUCCGUGCCAGCACCGCACAACCAGACACAGCACGCCAUGUUGAUGCGACGCAAGAGACGUGGAAUGAGGCACAGAACGACGUUGGGCCUACAUUUCCUGGCAGCCUUGGGACCUGGCACGGCGCUCGGCCCUCCGAACUUGAUCUGCGCGCGACGCAAUCUGACCAGCGCCAUCCGCAUCGGGCAUGGCGCGCCUGCAGGCUUCGUGCCGGCCGCGCUCUCAUUCGCCCGUCGCCUUAGCCAGCCUCCAGGAUUCCGCCGCUUCUUCUCGUCACAUCCAUUGCCCAAACCCCCAGGCUGUGACAUGUUUUUGCAUUUCCAUUAUCCUCUUGAUGCUGCCUCAUGGGCCAUCUCGCAUGUCCCAGCCACGGGAUAUCCAUCUAGGCGGCGCCUCUGCUCGGGCGUCGACAUGGCACCUCGCGCCACGAAUUUGAUCUCGCACUUGCUGUAACCCCUCGUUCACUAAUUACAUCUAGCGUUCACUCCUGGCCAUGUCCUUGGUGGUGCACGGGCCUCGCAAGCUAA